CUCUCGCCAUCAUCGCAUCCUGCUACCCAACGAACUCGAACUCGACCUCCACCCCGACCUCCACCUCGACCUCCACCUCGACCCAUUCCACCCUCACCCUCACCCUCACCCUUAACUUUACAGCUGCAUCGAAAUAAUAGGAGCGUCUCCCGCACGAACAGACUCGACUUCAGCAUCGUCUUCCCGUGCGCAAACGCCCUUCUGCUGGAAAUCGACUCGAGACAGCUUAGCACUGGCCCCACGACUCGAGGCAUUAUUGCUCCCUCUGUUCCCGGAUCGCGAGCUCUCAGCUCUGGAUUCAGCCGCGACGUUUCGUCUGGGCCUGCGAAUGGACUCAUAAUCGCACCAUCCCCCAUUCUUUCUUCCUUCUGGAACUGCAUCGAUGAUGAUCCAUUGAUCCUCGAGGCACGGUAAUACUGUAAUCAAAUUUUAUCACCAUGUUCAAGCACUUCACGUUUGCCGCUCAGGCACAACCAACCGAUCAGCAAGAAGAGACGAUUUCCGCCUCACCCACCGACAUAUCCUUCCCCUCGCCUGUAUCGGCGACACGACAGUCGCCAUUGCCUCCAUGGAGUCCCUAUCAAGAAGAUACCGUCGACGGCAUCAUCCACAAAUUCUCCCAGCAGUCACUACGUCGUGAGGACGAUGAAUUACCACAACCAUCAGUGUGGCAAGGGCGGGACGAUCCGUUACCUAGUCCAGAUUUCGAUAUGGACGACGAGUUUACACCAGAAGAAAUGUCCUAUACCUCGACAACGCGUGGGAUGAUCAGCGUGCCCGCAUCACCAUAUACACAAUCCUUACCUGGCCUCCCUUCCCUCCCUUGCCCACAAGGCGGAACUAUUGCUUGUCGUCGACUGCAACGCCAGCUCAACGUGCAGCUACAAGCUUCCAGCAGCCAUAUUCGUGACAUCAACGCCUUGGUCGAUCAUAUGAUCGUCACCAACUCACAAUGUACCCUCCACAAAUCUACAUCAAGGCCAUACCUUUCAAGUCCGCCACCAAGCCGAGCAGGAAGAGAAGAGUUAGUCGUUGACACGACUGGGUAUCAGUUCCGAGGGAGCAAUAUUCCUGACGAGGACGAAGGCUUCUCCGAGAUUGCUGAUGAGGACUGGGGUAUUGAGGAAGAGAUGACAUUACGGCGGGCGAGUACGCCCAGUGGAAUCCGAAAGUACGGUGUGAUGAGAUGGCGGGGGAGCGCCGAAUGCGUCGCGGCUGUCAACGCUGCAGGAAGAACGAACGUCAGAUCUAUUCCAAGAAUGAGACGGCGGAAACCUAAGAGUGUACCGGAGUAAUGGAAUUGUAUUUUCUGUAUGGAAUCAGCGGAGCAUCGAUCAGUGGGUUGGAGC